UCUAUGGUUGUCCUUGCGCGCGAUGACAUCACGGGACGGCGGCGGUUGUUGCGGCAGCCGGAGGCGGGAUGUUGCCGUUGUAGCGAAGGUGGCGGCGGGAAGGGGAAUGACUGGAGGAGGGAAGCGGAGGGCCCGUGCGGGCAUACAGGAGCAGUGUGAAAAAACAAAAGAUGUAAAAAAACCACGGCCUAAUGAAGCAGACAUCCCCAGUCAUUUGUCUCAAGAAGUGGAAACUUGCUAUCGGCUAAAAAUGCCUGAAGAUUUUUAUCACUUCUGGAAGUUUUGUGAGGAGCUGGAUCCUGAUAAGCCAUGUGAUGCACUUCAGUCAAGCAUUGGCCUUCAGCUUGUUGGACCCUAUGAUAUUCUUGCUGGAAAACAUAAACAAACAAAUAGACCAGGCAAUGUAAACUUUAACAUUCACUGGAGAUAUUUUUAUGAUCCUCCUGAAUUCCAGACUGUCCUUGCGGGGGAUAGCAAAAUGCAAUAUCAUGUGGGAUAUUUUAGGGACAUGCCAGAUGAAUUGCCAGUGUGGGUUGGAGAAAACGAAGCCAAGAAAAGCUGCGUGAUUUCUCAAGUUGGUGACAAUAUAUUUGCUGCUGUAAAAUUAUUUUUGUCCAGAAAACUUAAAGAAUUGCCAGAUAAAAAGAAAAGUGGCAUUUUGAAAGCAAUAGAUGAAAAACUAACCGAAACAACCAAAAGGCUGGGCUAUUCGCUGGAGCAAAAAACAGUGAAGAUGAAACAGAGAGAUAAGAAAGUAGUGACAAAGUCUUUUCAUGGAGCCGGUUUGGUUGUUCCUGUAGAUAAGAAUGGUGUCGGGUACAGAGAGCUUCCAGAAACAAAUGCUAAUCUGAAAAGAAUUUGUAAAGCCAUUGUCGAUGCUCCUAAUGAUGACCAGAGACUGAAAGCCUUUGCCCCUAUUCAAGAAAUGCUGACUUUUGUUCAGUUUGCGAAUGAUGAAUGUGACUAUGGGAUGGGGUAUGAACUGGGCCUAGAUCUCUUCUGCUAUGGGUCACAUUAUUUCCACAAGAUCAUUGGCCAGUUGCUGCCCCUCGCUUACAAUCUGCUGAAGAGGACCCUGUUUGCAGAAAUCAUUGAAGCUCAUUUAGUCGACAGGCGAGAAGAGAAUGUCGAUCUACUUGCAGUGGGAUGUAAAAAAUAAAUUUGUACGGUGAAGUAUCAUGUUGGGUUGUUUUCCAUUAAACUGAUGUAGUUUCUAUGUGUGAUAAAUGAAACUUUUUUUUGUUUUCCAAACAACCAUACCUUACUGGGAGGGAAAGGACCAAAGGCACAUUUUUGCCACUCUCAUGACCUCCCACUCUUUGUCUUGGAUUAAAGCGCAACUUUAGUAGGCAAUGGAGCUCAAAGUCUAUUUCAAUAGAAUGUGCAGUGACAAAUAAAUUGUUCUCUAAAGACAUUAUUGACUGAUAUUUCAGAUAAAUGCCCAGGGGACUGGUGAGUGCAUACAAGGGAGCACUCGCUGUUAACACAGCACAGUGAUGAAAUGCAGCCAGCACCCUUGUGCUCUCCACAAUGCUUUCCGGAAUCUCUGCAAAGGCAGGUUCUGUGGCAGAUAACAUGCAGAGCUCCCUGGAGCUAAGAGUUUAACAGCACGAGUAUAAGGCAGCCCCAUUUAAUCCUCCUUUGUAGCUGCCAACAUUCAGAUGCCAUUGAAAAUAAUAUGAAAUUUUACUUAAGGACAGUUUUGCUGUUUCCAUUUAUCUUAGUGAGUCCAACUAGUUGGUAUAUGCUUACUGUAUUUCUGAGUAAAGAUGGAGAGUGUACUGCUGAAAACAACAGAAACAAACAAGUGGGAACUCUUGGGGGGAGGGGAGAUGAUUCCACCCCCUUUUUUCCGCUGCCUUUCCCCCUCAUACCACUGUCAUCUCCUGCCAUCACUGCUGCUUCUCUCCCCCUUCUUCCUUUGUUGCUGCCUCCUCCCCUUUGCUUUUCUCUGCUGCCCUCUGCCUGGUUCAAAUGGUGGCUAUGAUACUUUCAGCAGUGUUUGUGGUGCUUCUGAUGGCUGCCAAAAUCUUGAAAUGUAGCAUCAUAAGAUUUCCCCCAUAUGUUACAGGUUUGGAGUUCUAUUGUCAUUCUGAGAUUUUUCUGCAAACUCAGGGAUUUUGCUUAGGUUUGUAGAGAAAUCACCUAACUUUAUAUGACCCUAUUUGUGUGGACUUCUUUUGAGCUGUACUCUGAAGCUGUUGUUCAAAACUACAUAUAUAUUAAAGGAUUUAAGACUUAA